UAAAGACGCGUCAUUGAACCGGCGGGUCUCACCGCGUCUCUGAGAUCGUUCUGUUUCUCAAACCUGCUUAUAGGUUGUUUCUGAACAGCGUCGCUUCUGGAACUGUUUCGACCCGAAGAUAACUUUAUAUAAAAGGCUUCGUGAUGAUGACCUAUCAGGAGUUUAUUCAACAGAACGAGGACAGGGAUGGGGUGAGAUUCAGCUGGAAUCUGUGGCCCUCCAGCCGCCUCGAAGCUACGAGGCUCGUGGUCCCAGUCUCCUGUCUCUUCACACCACUGAAGGAAAGGCUGGACCUUCCUCCGGUCCAGUAUGAACCGGUUCUGUGCAGCAGAGCCAACUGCAGGGCAGUGCUCAACCCACUAUGCCAAGUUGACUUCAGAGCAAAAAUCUGGGCGUGCAACUUCUGCUUCCAGAGAAACCCAUUCCCGCCCUCAUAUGCCGGCAUAUCAGAAGUGAACCAACCGGCUGAACUCAUGCCCCAGUUUUCUACUAUCGAGUACAUAGUUCAGCGUGGACCCUCGUCCCCUCUGAUCUUCCUGUAUGUGGUGGACACGUGUCUAGAGGAGGAGGACCUCCAGGCCCUGAAAGAGUCCCUCCAGAUGUCCCUCAGCCUCCUGCCUCCUAAUGCCCUGGUGGGCCUGAUCACAUUCGGGCGCAUGGUUCAGGUUCAUGAGCUCAGCUGUGAGGGCAUCGCCAAGAGCUAUGUGUUCAGGGGCACCAAGGACCUGACGCCCAAACAGAUCCAGGAGAUGCUGGGUUUAGUGAAGCCGGCUACGUCUGUACCGCAGGCUCGCCCAGCAGUGCCUCAGGAGGCUGCACCAUCCUGCAGGUUCUUGCAGCCUGUCCAAAAAGUGGAUAUGAAUCUGACAGAUCUGCUGGGUGAACUCCAGCGCGACCCUUGGCCUGUUCCACAGGGGAAACGUCCUCUGCGCUCCACUGGGGUGGCGCUGUCUGUUGCUGUGGGCCUGCUGGAGGGUGCUUUCCCCAACACGGGGGCUCGUGUGAUGCUGUUCAUUGGAGGGCCACCCACCCAGGGCCCCGGAAUGGUGGUGGGAGACGAGCUGAAAACUCCCAUCCGGUCUUGGCAUGACAUCCAGAAGGACAACGCUCGCCACCUGAAGAAAGCCACUAAAUAUUACGAUGCGUUGGCUAAUUGCGCCGCAGCAAACGGCCACAGCGUUGACAUCUACGCUUGUGCUCUGGACCAGACCGGGUUACUGGAGAUGAAGUGUUUGUCUAAUCUCACCGGGGGUCACAUUGUGAUGGGAGACUCCUUUAAUACGUCGCUCUUCAAACAAACCUUCCAGAGGGUUUUCAGUAAAGACUACAACGGAGACUUCCGCAUGGCCUUCGGAGGCAUGCUGGAGGUCAAGACGUCUCGGGAGCUGAAGGUUUGCGGGACCAUCGGACCCUGUGUCUCACUGAACUCAAAGAGCGCCUGUGUUUCAGAGAACGAGAUGGGUGUUGGCGGCACCAGCCAGUGGAAAAUCUGCUCACUGAGUCCCUCCACCACUCUGGGCAUGUACUUCGAAGUUGUGAAUCAGCACAAUGCACCCAUCCCCCAGGGGGGCAGAGGAGUGAUCCAGUUUGUUACACAGUACCAGCACUCCAACAUGCAGAGGAGGAUCAGAGUCACCACCGUUGCCAGGAAUUGGGCAGACGCACAGUCCCAGAUUCAGCACAUCGAGUCCUCGUUCGACCAGGAAGCGGCCGCCGUGCUGAUGGCUCGUCUGGGGGUCUUCAGGGCGGAGUCAGAGGAGGGGCCAGAUGUCCUGCGUUGGCUUGACAGACAGUUGAUUCGCCUGUGUCAAAAGUUUGGACAGUUCAAUAAAGAUGAUCCCAUGUCCUUCAGACUGUCAGAAGCCCUGUCCCUCUAUCCACAGUUUAUGUUCCACUUGCGGCGAUCACCUUUCCUGCAGGUGUUCAACAACAGCCCUGACGAGUCAUCCUAUUACAGGCACCACUUUGUCAGCCAGGACCUGACCCAGUCCUUAACCAUGAUCCAGCCCAUCCUCUACUCGUACUCCUUCUAUGGAGCACCAGAGCCGGUGCUCCUGGACAGCAGCAGUAUCCUGCCCGAUCGAAUCCUCCUGAUGGACACGUUCUUCCAGCUGGUUAUCUACCAUGGCGAGACUAUAGCUCAGUGGCGAAAAGCCGGCUACCAGGAAAUGGUGGAAUAUGAGAACUUCAGACAGCUGCUGCAUGCGCCUCUGGACGACGCCCAGGAGAUCCUCCAGGCACGCUUCCCCAUGCCGCGCUACAUCGACACAGAACAUGGCGGCUCACAGGCUCGAUUCCUGCUGUCCAAAGUCAACCCAUCACAGACCCACAACAACCUGUGGGGACAGGAGGCCGGAGCCCCAAUCCUCACGGACGACGUCAGCCUGCAGGUCUUCAUGGACCAUUUGAAGAAACUGGCCGUGUCCAGCUCCACGUAGAGAUCCAGAGACGUACUUGAAGACUGAAGGUCCUCUGCUCCUGACGGAACCAAACCUGGAGUCUGAUCAUAAACCUCAUUGUUGGUUUUUAUGCUCCAGUCUGUGAUGCGCCACUUUUGUAAUGUAGGAAGGUUAACGGUCAUUUUCCUUGUAUUUACAUUCCUUUAUUUAUUUUUUAAAUGGUCCAAUACUGCAGAACCAUCUGGUCCAUCAAUGUCAAGCUAAUCUGUAAUUAGUGUAAUUUUCUUUUGUUCUGAAAUGUUUUUCUCUCGUGCUGGUUUGUCUAUCUAAAAAUGUUUAAAAUUUUCUCAAUAAACUAACUUUUAAUUCUAA